GCAAUGCUAGAGAACCACUUCUAUCAUAUGACCGUAUUCUUGCAGUAGUUUCUAUAAAAUGAAGUGUCCUUGGCGUUCUGUCUAUCUUCACCAUGUAAGUGGCUGAUAAGCUUACAUCACGAUGUAACCUUGCCAGCAGCAUCUGCGACUACAACUGUAUGUCCUUCCUAUGCUUAUUAUUAGUUCUUCAACCUUCCGAUCUUCAAUUCGAAGUUCUUGCGACAGUUUUCCGAAUUAAUGAUACACAUCGCGCUUGCUAUAAGAUUGCUUAUGAACCUCUAGUAAGGUUAUGUCUUUUCCACGCCUCUUGCAACGCAAAUCCAAUGGCGAGAUCGUCUUUCGUGAACCAACCAGCGGCAAUGUUCCCGCCUAUGCAAUACUCUCUCAUACCUGGGGAGAAGAAGAGAUUGUCUAUCAAGACUUGAAGAAAAGCAAGAAUAAGAACAAUAUUGUGAAUAAAGCUGGGUGGAGGAAGAUACAGUUUUGUGCGAAGCAAGCCGCAGCAGAUGGAUUGGAAUACUUCUGGGUCGAUACCUGCUGCAUCGAUAAGAAGAAUGCGGUCGAGCUCGGCACGGCGAUAAACUCUAUGUUUCGGUGGUAUCAGAACGCGGCACGCUGCUACGUCUACCUUGCGGAUGUCUCCAAGCCCAAGACUAAGGUGGAUGACCAGAUGGCAUGGGGGGAAGCUUUUAGGGAGAGCCGUUGGUUUACUCGAGGCUGGACACUUCAGGAACUUAUUGCACCAAGGCAGGUCGAUUUCUUUAGCUUGGAAGGUGAGCGACUUGGGAGCAAAUUGUCACUUGAGUCUGAGAUAUACGAAAUUACCGGUAUCGCAAAUAAGGCUCUCCGAGGUGAUGCAUUGUCAAACUUUAGCAUCGAGGAGCGGAGAUCCUGGGCAGAACACCGUGAUACUACUGUUGAAGAAGAUGAAGCCUACUGUUUAAUUGGAAUCUUUGAUGUGUCUAUGGUGCCAAAUUACGGCGAGAGAAGGGACCAGGCAUUCAGAAGGUUGGAGGAUGAGAUUCACAGGAUGUACAAGGGGGUCGAUUUUGAGCAAUUUGCUGUCGGACUCAAUCUCGCAUCAUUUCCUGAAGCUACACAGUUUGUUGCUAGGGAGAAGGAGCUGUCGGAAAUGCACAAGCUGCUUAAAGAUCAUAGUAGUCGAUCCUGUGUCAUCCUACAUGGUCUUGGGGGUAUAGGAAAGACUCAACUAGCAAUUUCAUAUACUAGACGACACAAGGAGAAAUAUACAGCGAUCUUCUGGUUGAACGCAAAUGAUGAAGACUCACUCAAUUUGAGCUUUCGGGAUAUUGCUCAGCAGGUGCUGAGAUAUCAUCCUUCUACCACUAUGCUAUCGAGUAUAGACUUAGACAAAGACCUCGAUCAAGUUGUUAGUGUGGUCAAGAACUGGCUUGACUCCCCACAGAACACAAGGUGGCUCAUGAUCUAUGAUAACUUGGACAAUCCUAAAACGUCUAAUAACCCCGACAACUCGGCAGUCGAUAUACGUCAGUUCCUUCCUCGGUCUGAUCACGGCUCGAUCAUCAUCACGACACGGUCGUCGCAAGUCAGGCAGGGUAUACAAAUUAAUGUUCAGAAAUUGUUAGAUAUUAAGGAAGGUCUUGAGAUUGUUUCUAACAUGUCAGGACGUAAGGGCAUUGAAGAGGAUCCUGAUGCUAUAGCACUUGUCAAGGAGCUCGACGGUCUACCACUCGCUCUAUCUACAGCAGGGAUAUAUCUCGAGCAUGUAGCGACAAGCUUCUCUGAUUAUCUUCAGCUUUAUAAGACAUCAUGGUUGAAGCUCCAUACGACAAGUCCCCUCUUGGAUUCCUAUGUAGAUCGUACACUAUAUACGACAUGGCAAAUCACUUUCGAUCGGAUCCAACAACAAAAUCCAGCAUCAGCACAAUUGCUCAAACUAUGGGCAUAUUUUUAUCGAGAGGAUCUGUGGUUUGACCUCCUUCGGCAUGCAAAUUCUUUUGACGAUGAAUGGAUACAGAAGCUUACGGAGGAUGAACUGAACUUUAAUGAAGCUGUCACUCUACUAUGUACCUUUGGACUGGUUGAUCCAGACAAAUCUUCUCAGGAGCAGAUCAGGAGUAGAGGGUAUAGUGUACAUAGUUGUGUUCACUCGUGGAUAGUGUUUGUGCUUAACAAGGAAUGGGACAAGAGCCUUGCAUGUCUGGCUUUAACCUGUAUUGCCUCGGAGGUUCCUGAUGCAAAUGAAAAGUACUGGUGGCUCACACAGCGGCGGCUUCUUCAACACGUAGCACGACAGGCUUCCUUUAUAAACGACCCCGAAGUAGAUAUGAACGGGCUGUAUUGGGAGUUUCAUAAGCUAGGCAACCUCUACUCUGACCAAGGCAAGCUGACAGAGGCAGAGGAGAUGUAUCUUCGAGCAUUGGAAGGUAGGGAGAAAGCAUUUGGACUAGAUCAUACAUCAACACUCGAUACAGUCAACAACCUAGGCAAUCUCUACUCUAACCAAGGCAAGCUGGCAGAGGCAGAGGUAAUGUAUCAUCGAGCAUUGGAAGGUAGGGAGAAAGCAUUUGGAGUAGAUCACACAUCAACACUUGAUACAAUCCACAAUAUAGGCGUUCUUUACAAAAAACAAGGCAAGUUAGCAGAGGCAGAGGUAAUGUAUCAUCGAGCAUUGGAAGGCUACAAGAAAGCAUUUGGAGCAGAUCAUACAUCAACACUCGAUACAAUCUACAACCUAGGCAUUCUCUAUUUUGAUCAAGGCAAGCUAGCAGAGGCAGAGGCAAUGUAUUGUCGAGCAUUGGAAGGCUACAAGAAAGCAUUUGGAGCAGAUCAUACAUCAACACUCGAUACAAUCUACAACCUAGGCAUUCUCUAUUUUGAUCAAGGCAAGCUAGCAGAGGCAGAGGUAAUGUAUUGUCGAGCAUUGGAAGGUAUGGAGAAAGCACUUGGAGCAGAUCACACAUCAACACUUGAUACAAUCCACAAUAUAGGCGUUCUUUACAAAAAACAAGGCAAGCUAGUAGAGGCAGAGGUGAUAUAUCGUCGAGCAUUAGAAUGCUAUGAAAAAGCGUUUGGAUUAAAUCACAUAUCAACACUUGAUACAAUUUAUAGUUUAGGUAUUCUCUACUUUGAUCAAGGCAAGCUAGCAGAAGCAGAGGCAAUGUAUUGUCGAGCGCUGGAAGGCAAGGAGAAAGCACUUGGAGCAGAUCACAUAUCAACACUUGAUACAAUCCACAAUAUAGGCGUUCUUUACAAAAAACAAGGCAAGCUAGUAGAGGCAGAAGUCAUGUAUAGUCGAGCGCUGAAAGGCUACGAGGAAGCUCAUGGUCUUGAACUUGCCUCGUCUUAUCUACCAGCAUUGAAUACAAUGCUCGCCUUUGGAAACCUCUUGUCGCAAACCGACCGGAAAGACAUGGCAAAGGCAAUGUAUAUUCGAGCAUUGUCUGGAUACACAACCGUUCAAGGGCCUUAUUCGGAAUGGGCUAGGGAAACUGAAGAUCGGCUUCAAGCGUUACAAGUCGUAUCUCCUAAAACGAAUAUAGGUCAAAAUGAGUUCACAAAGCCGGGAGAAGCAAAUUCGAGGUCUUUAAGACAGAAAAUACACAAGCUGAGAAGAUGGCUGAAAAACAAAUAAGUCGCAAGGGCAACUUGCGAUUCUACCAUUGACUUACAAAUUUCGAUGUAACUAGAGACUGAAGAUUAGGUAUCUCCUUUAACUCCUGGUCCAGAAUCAACUGCUAUCAUACUAAUCCUGCACAGCUAUUGUUCUCUCUACUAGCUUCGAACAGUAAAAGCUUAAUGAGCUAUCGGCCAAUUUUUACCAAAGUGCUGAUGAUCUCUGCCGACAAAGAUAAAAACAACAUUAAUUUUAGUA